UAAUGAAUGACAGACCGGCAUUGUGUUGUUUUGUAACAACUUGCUCCUUCUGUAAUUGUUGUUUUAACUAAAAAUGGUGCAGCGCGGCAGUACGUUUCUUGGGUCACAAAUGCAGGAUAUCUGGACAUGUGGAACGUGAAGACGACUUAGAAAAGGAGGAUUUACUUAGUCAGUAGAGCGUCUGAUCACGUGACAUGGAUAAGCUGGGCACGGAUUGGUUCAAGGAUAAGAAGAACAUCCGAGAAACCAAAGAAGAAUUGGAGGAGAUCGCGAAGAGCAAAGAUGACAAAGCACUCCGUGCCGUGGUGGACUUCCUGUGCGCAUGCCUGGAUUGUUCCACAACAAAACACCUGGAAGCCUUCAAACGGGUUGUUCAAGACAAUCUGAUCAAGUGGAAGGGUCAUGACAAGGAAGUUUGCGAGGUUCUGGAUAAGUUCCGAGUUCUUGAAGAGAAAACAGACGACGAAGAAACGUGGUACAACUCACGGGUGGAUGAUGCUGUGGAGGAACUGAUGGAGAGGUCAAAAACCUGUCAUAAGAAGAUCCGACCGAACGUGGUGAGUCUGCUCGUGUUUGCCCUAAACAAAGGCUCGGAGACGUUUCUGCACCUGGCCAAGGGAAUCACCUGGGCUGAUGGCAUCCGAGAAAUGUUAAAUAAGAUGAACGAUGAAGAGUCGAAGAGUGUGCUCGACGCCUACAUCGGGAUGAUCAAGGCGGAGAAAUUUGAUCCGAACUCAACGAUCGCCAUCGCAGUAACAUCUUGGUUAUGUGGGAACCUAGCGGAGUGUGCAAAGAGCACUGACAAUGUAAAAAGGCUAUCAGAGAUUAUCAACUACUGCUCGGAGAAGGAGCUGUAUAACGAAGAUGAGCCGGACCGGGAGACUGCCUAUGGAAUGGCCAUCAGGACUCUGAUGGCCAAUUUUCUCAGCAAGAACAUGAGUAAUCCUGAGCACCUGAUGUUGGUGACGCCUGGCUUCAUCCGUCUCCUUGGUAACGAGGAGGUCUCUGAGCAGAUGGGCCUGUCCAGUUACGUCAGCAUGUUCAUGCAGCAGGGGGUCCUGGCCCCGCACGCCGACCCGCUCCUGGACGCCUUCAUCAACAACGAUGCCAAUGAAAUCGCUGACGUACUGCCAGCCGUGUACAAGCACAACCCUGAAACGUUCCAAAAACGUCUCCCUGAAAUAGUCGAGAAGAUGGACGACAUCUCUGCUGACAGACAAUACGGCUUCUACCACCUUUUCCACGAGAUAUCAAAGAGCGAUCCACAAGUUAUGAUGCCAUAUGCAGAGAAGUUGGAAGAGGGUUUCGACAACAUGUCCUCCAUGUCAUACGCACUGCAAACCAUGAAGGAGCUCGCCAAGUACGACACUAAGCCCUUCCUGGACAAGAUCGACACGUUAGAGAAGGUGUACAAGUCUCAGCCGAUGAUGUGUUACUUCAUCUACGAGGUGGAGUCUAUCAUAGGAUUAUACAAUGAGGAGUACGCAGAGAGAGUUAUGGCCCUGUUCACGGACAAGCUCACCACAGGGGACGUCAUGUACCAGAGCUCUGUCCUGAUGUUUAUGAAGACCGUGGGAGGCCGGUACAAGUCUGUGUUGGAGAAACGGAGGGCAAACAUCGAAGCUUUGUUGAAGAGCAGCCAACCUGGAGUCGCCGACAUGGCGCAAGGCAUGCUGGACUACCUUGAUGAUAGAAGUCUGAAGAGUUUGGACCAGGACAUCAAAGAGCAGAAAGAAGAGGUAGACAAGCUAGACCAACGAGUCACACAAACAGAGGGAAAGGUAGAAGACCUGGCCGAUGACGUGUCUGCCCAGCGGGAACAGCUGGGAGAGGUGCAGGAGGACGUCCGACAGCAGGGAGAGAAGCUGACGGAGCUGGAGUACGUGGUGGACGAGACGGUGGAGAAAGUGGAGGAGAUAGAUCACAAGACCCUGAGCGCCGCCCCUGCGUGGUCCCGUGACGUGUCCCUGCUGAUGAAUGAGGAAGGGGACUAUGACUGGAGGUUCCUGGCGGUUCGGCUCGGGUACGGGCCCGAGGACAUCCGGGCCUGGGCUACCAACGCCGACCCCACCAUAGCCAUGCUCAACGAAUGGUACAACACCCACCGCAGCAGUGAGGCGACCUACGCUGUGCUGAAGUCCCUACAGGAGAUGGGCCGGACAGACGCCGCCGGAAUCAUAGAGACUGCUAUGGAGGAGGCAGGCGCAGCUGUACCCAAACCAGCGGCUGACGAGCCCACCAACCCCCCUCCCAUCUUCAUCAGCUACCAGUGGGACAUUCAGGACCAGGUCAAACUCAUCAAGGAACAUCUGCACAUGGCUGGGUACGACAGCUGGAUGGACAUCGGACAAAUGGGUGGAGGAGACCAGCUGUACGCGAAGAUAGACAAGGGCAUGCGGGGAGCCAAAGUCGUUCUGGCCAUGGUCACGCCCAAGUACGCAGAGUCCACCAACUGCAACCAUGAGAUCAACCUGGCGAACCUGCUGAACAAACCCAUCAUCCCCCUGCUGGUGGAGAACACGCCCUGGCCGCCGCCUGGGUCCAUGAGCAUGAUCUUCUCACAGCUCCUGUACAUCAUGUUUCACGGCGCCAGUUCCGGUUCCGGUAAAUUCUGGCCGGACUCCAGUUUCUACGAGUUGUUGGGACAGCUGGCCUAUCACGCCGCAUCGGACCAGAGCCUCGUCACGGAUGAAUACAGGAACUGGACACCAAGUGUCGAGAAAAAGGAAGAGAAGGAAGCCAGUCCAGAAAGCGAGUCUGUAAAGAAGGAAAAGACGUCCAGCCCUCCAGUGGAGGAAAAGGAAGUAGAACCGGUGGUUAACCCGGAAGUGUUCCUGUCCUACCAGUGGGGUCACCAGCCGCAGGUGAAAGCCCUGUACAGUCAGCUGACGUCACAAGGGUUCACGUGUUGGAUGGACAUACAGCAGAUGGGAGGAGGGGACGCGCUGUACGGCAAGAUUGACAAGGGCAUCAGGAGCGCCAAGGUUGUUGUUUCCUGCGUGACUCCGAAGUACACGCUCUCCGCGAACUGCCGAAGGGAAGUCAGUCUGGCGGACGCACUGCGCAAGCCCAUCGUGCCUCUGCUGCUGCAGGACACGUCCUGGCCGCCAGAGGGACCCAUGAGCAUGGCCUUCACAGAACUGCUGUACAUAGACUGUAGGGAUGAACGCACUCAGACCGACUGGGAAGGCGCCAAAUUUGAAGAACUGAUGCAACAGGUAUCCCGUCAUGCCACACCAGCUCCAAAGCCCCAGCGUUCAAAAUCUCCUCCGGUUGAGCAAAACGCUACAAAACCGGCUGCGCCAGAACAGGGGAAUGGCGAGGCCACAACAGAAAAAACAAAGGGGCAAGAUGUCGUCCCACAGGAUGCAAAGGAAGACAGAAAGACAGAGGACAUGCCACAGGUAGCGCCUGCUCUGGACAACGGUAAACAUACAUAUGCAGUGAAGACCACACCAACAAACGUGCCGCCAACAACAACGGGUAACAUGGAACUCGCUGGAAUCAACCCCAAAGACAAGAAGAAGAAAAAGUCCAAGACCUGUUCAAUAUUAUGACACUGAUAGAGCAUAUGUGGAAUUAGAGGGUCUAUGCAUUUCAAAAUGCUAAAUUAUUUCCCGGAAACCAUGGUAUGUAUUAAUACUGAAUGUAUCAAUAUAUUGUCAGAAGUGUUCAGCCUGGGAGCGAUGUUAGAUGUCGUUCCUACAUUUUGCACUUGUACAUAGGCUUACCGACAAAACCAACAAUCACGUUUUGGUGGUUGACUCAAUUUGGUUCUGUCGCCUCACCUUAAAGCCUUUUAAGAAAUCUUGCGUUAAUGAUCUUACGACAAAUACUUCUAUUGGGGAAGCAAAGUGCCUUCGAUAUCUGGCGUACUGUGGGAGCUGCUGACUCAUAUAAGAAAUAGAACCUAGGCUUGUGUUCAUUGCAGUAGUAGACUCAACACGGUCGACAGACAGCAAAUUCAUUCUACAUGCAUAAAAAACACAAUCACCUGACACUGCGUUUAACUGUUAUACGUUUCUAAAUUGUCCAUGUACAAAAUAAUGACUUGGGUUCACCCUGUAGCAAAGUUAUAGUCUGUUAUAGUUAUUGUCUGCCUAUAACCUUCUUGUCUGCAGUGAACUGGAAAAGUGCAAGCAAUUGAUAUGGUUAUAUGGCGUAAAUGGAUAUUCUAGUUCCUUGUGCAUUUUUACAGACCAAUGUAUUGCAUAUUAACCAUAUUUUGAUGGUGUACUUUAAUGAGAAGUUUUGAUAUACCUUGUAGAGAAAUAAAUGAACUAGAGUCAAACUAAGGUGAUCAGUGAUGCGAGACUUCUGUGCUUGUAGCUCAAAUUAUUUUGUUUCAAAAUUGAAUUAUCAUUGAACGUCAUUAAGUAUUGUGUCCACCUCUACAUAUUGUACUUUGUUCACAUACAUGUAGUAUAC